UCUCGGAUCCCACCCCACAUUAAAAAACACCUCCCAAAUUUUAAGACCCCCCUUCUCUCUCUCUCUCUCUCACACACACACACUCAGAAAUGUGUGUGUUUUCUUCUCCAUGAAAGAGAGAAGUAAUUCUGCACGAGCACUCCUCUUCCAAUUCCUAGCACUGAUCCUUUUUCAUGGCAGUCCUGAGUUUCACCCCAGAGCCCAAGAAACAGGCUUAUUCCAACCCCUCCAAGAACAAGAAAAAGCAACGAGCCAAACACAAACAGCCCUCAUCAUGGGAUCAAAUCAAGAACUUGCUCACCUGCAAACAGAUUCAAGACUCUAAAAUCCACGACCCCUCACGAAACCCCAAUAACCUUUACUCCUCCUGCACCUCCAUUUGUACCUUCAGGGAUGUUGUCCACGGCAACACCAGGGUUGUACACCGCGCCGACAAUUCACCCGACACUGACGCUACCUCUCUCGGCCAGGAGACCCGGCUGCUCCCCAAGAAGACUACUACCACUACUAGCCUUGGAUCAUCGUCUUCUCGCUCUAUUAACUCCGCCUCCCUGAGAUCGAGUGCCGGCGCUGCUUCCUACACCGGCCGAGGCAUGCAGCUGCGCAAGUUUUCUGGGUGUUAUGAGUGCCACGCCAUUGUUGAUCCUACCCGGUAUCCAUUGCCAAGGACAACCGUAUGUGCUUGCUCUGAAUGUGGAGAGGUUUUCCCAAAAAUUGAGAGCUUGGAGCAUCACCAAGCCGUCAGGCAUGCAGUAUCUGAGUUGGGAGCAGAGGAUUCCAGCCGCAACAUAGUGGAAAUAAUUUUCAAGUCGAGCUGGCUCAAAAAGGACAACCCCAUUUGCAAGAUCGAACGGAUACUAAAAGUCCACAACACGCAGCGCACCAUCCAACGGUUCGAGGACUACAGAGACGCCGUGAAGAUACGCGCCACUAACGUCCCCAAGAGAAACGCCAGGUGCGCCGCCGACGGAAACGAGCUACUCAGGUUCCACUCCGCCACGCUGACGUGCUCGCUAGGGGACCGCGGCUCCUCCAGCUUGUGCGGCUCCAUACCGGCUUGCGGCGUCUGCACCAUCAUCAGACACGGGUUCCAAGGUAAUAAAAUAAACGGAAUCCGCACGACCGCAAGCAGCGGACGCGCCCACGACUGCCUCGGCCGUUCCGGCACGCGGCGGGCGAUGCUGGUGUGCCGUGUGAUCGCGGGGAGGGUGAAGUGUUCGUCGGGUGAUGAAGAUGGAGCGGCCUCGCGGCUGGAGGCACGACUCGACUCCGUCGCCGGCUACGCAGGGAUAUACUCGAAUUUAGAGGAGUUGUACGUUUUCAAUGCAAGGGCGAUUCUGCCUUGCUUUGUGGUGAUUUACAAAGCGCUUGAAUCUUAGCAGCUUUAAUUAACGACUUUAACUUA